AUGGCAAUGACGAUAAUUCAAACAUCGCGUGGGGCAUACCUACAUACCAGGUAUCACGUUGAUCCUUCUGGUGUGGCGGGACAUAAUGUCGACAUUACCAUGCGGAUGAUCGGCCCCGGGGGGCCCAUUCCAUCCCGGCUGGACGUAUCCUGGAUACUCAAUACAUCCUUGGUUGUUAUGCCAGCGAUGGGGAUCUGGCGCCACACGCAGCUAGGCAACAUCGCCAGAGUCGGCGACGUAAUACAGGAGGAAGAGAUAGAGUUGGCGGGGGAGGACCCUGGUCCUGGUCAGACGCCAGGUUGGGAUCCGGAUGCAGAUGGGGCGCUUCCCCGCAUCCGUCCACCCUGGACGCCCCACUCAUCCUUCCAGGGGGCCGAGGCUGACAUUUGA